UUCCUAGCAGCCCUUGUUUGAGUUGCAACUUUUGCUUUUCCCCAGCUGCCCGAUACGUUUUACUAGUCCCGUUUCGCAGGGAUAUAUAUUUCCCUUAGAAAAUUCCAGAAAAUUAAUUUAACAAUGCUGAUGAACUUUAUUUAUGGUGUGCUGGAAGCCAUCUCGAAUGCAAUCUACACAACAGUGGCCACCGUUUGGCAGAUUGAACAGGCCGUGAUCAAUCUGAUGAUGUCCACUUUUCUAUUUAUAUUGGGCUUAGCCUGCCACCCGAUUAUGGUGAUUCCUAUGCUGUUGGGCUGCUACUACGUUUUGCGCAACUUUUGGUACCGUCGCGGAAAAAGCCCCAGGGUAGAGCACCCGGUGGAUAUCGAUGGCGAACCAAGGGCUGGGCUCCGCAAUAUGCCGCGAACUCCACGGCUUCCCACCUAUCGGAGCUUUGGGAACCUCUCCAAUCCUGGCAACGACCCACAAAUGAAUAACUGACCAAAAAUAUUCGGUACAACAGGCGAAUACACGAUUCUUUUGGCCUUAAUAUCUUAAAAUACGCUAUUACUGGCAGUUACACGAAAGGAUGUUAGCGCUCUUAAAACAAGGCUUUCUGUAAAUACUGCAAAGUCUGUGAUGGAAUCUUGAUUUUAACUUUAUGCCAUUCCAUCUAUCGCUUCUUGUGUAACGACCACCACAGUGCAGUGUUUAAAAUGAUCAAAACAUUUCAGACCAGCCACAGCGAUAUUUAGAAAAAUAAAGUUAAACUGAGCGACUAGCUCACAUAAAAACAUACGACAUUCCAAACAUUUUCAAGAGCAAGAGACUUAACUAUUGUUGAAACAGAAAACAAAUAAAUAAACUCAAAAAAGUAAA